AUGGUGAGGAUUAGAGGAGGAUCCGUUAGUGCUGGACGCACCUUCAAGCUUCGUGAUGAGGAGGAUGAAAAUGUUCAAGUUAUCGAACUUUUCAUCAAAUCACCCAAAAAGAAAACUAAAAAUCGUGGUGAAAAAACGAAGCAAUCUGCAAGGAAAAAGCUAAAUGCGCAAACCAGAGAGGCAUCUGUUGAACCAUCCGAGGAGCAGAUGGAGGAGCAUCAAUCUGAAGGGCAUCCUGGAAGUGGCAAUGAAGAGGAACUGGGACAGCCUACCAAUGUAGAUGUAACCACCACGAAAUCACCCAGGAAAGGAAAAAGAAUUGCCAAAAGAAAGAGCAUUGCUCAACCCAAAGGAAGGCAAACUGUUGAUCCCUCUGGGAAGCAGCAAGAUGCAGAGAAAAAUGCUGAGAAACAGCAGACAGAUGAACCAUCUACCAAGAAGUCACCAACGACAAGGUCUGGUGUCCAGGGUGCUGAUCUGCUUGUACCUCCCAUUCCUCCAGAAAAUGAAAAUGCACACCGAAAGGAACUUAGGAAUGAGCCAACCACUGAGGCUACCCCAGAGUACCGUAUCUUCAGUUCUCAACCACAAGACAAGGAAAAAACUCCGGUAACUGAGGAAGAGACUGAAGACGAUGAUGAUGAUGAGGAUGAGGACACUGAGGAAGAAGACCCUGCCCAGUUUCACCUGGAUAAAAGAAGGCCUGGAUCCUGUAAGAUUACCAUAUAA